GCGCGGGCUCGACCGAGGUCCAGUUUCGGGGUUCCCCAGGUGAGCUCGGCCGGGCGGACGUCCUCGCGGACCCCUGAGCCAGGCGGGCCGAGCCAGGCCCAGCCGAGCCGAGCCGAGCCGGCGGCAAGGAGCGAGCAUGGCGCUGGCCGCAGCCGCAGCCGCAGCCGCCGCGGCCGCCGGGGUGAGCCAGGCGGCCGUGCUGGGCUUCCUGCAGGAGCGCGGCGGGAAGGUGCGCGACUCCGAGCUGCUCGGCCGCUUCAAGCCGCUGCUGGACGCCGGCGACCCGCGCGGCCGUGCCGCCCGCAGGGACCGCUUCCGGCAGUUCAUCCGCGACGUGGCCGUGGUGCAGGAGCUCGACGGCGUCAAGUUCGUGGUGCUGCGCACCAAGCCUCCGCGCGCCGAGGACCCGGCGCCGCGCCUGCCCGGCCUCCCCGGGGCUCCAGCCCCGCCGUCGAAGGCCGAGUCCAUUCCCCCGGGGGAGCACCGGGCCCCGGGAACCGCACCCUCGUCCACCUCGGCGCAGCGGCAGGUGGCGCCCGAGGAAGAGCCGGCCCCGCCUUCGGGGCCACCGGACACCUCGGGGGCGCGGGCCUCUGCGGCUGGGGCUCCGGCCCUUGCACCCGCCCAGCCCUCGGGAGGGCCCCCGGGAGACGCGGCCCACCAGUCCGGCGCGCUGUCGGAGGCUGCGGCGCCACAGGCCCCGGAACGGGAGCCUGGGCCACCGCCCAAGCCCUGCAUGCUGCCGGUGCGCUGCGUGCCGGUGCCCGCGGCGCUGCGGGUCCGCGCCGAGGAGCAGGGCCUGCGCCGGCAGCUGUCGGAGGAACCGAGCCCCGGAAGCCCCCCGAUGUUCCGGAGGCGGCUGUCCGUGGAGGAGUCCGGCCUGGGGCUGGGGCUGGGGCUCGGCCCCGGCCUGGGCGCCGGCCGCUCCCCGCACCUGAGGCGCCUGUCGCGCGCCGGCCCGCGCCUGCUGAGCCCCGACGCCGCCGAGGACGCGCCCGCCGCGCCGCCGCCACCCACCGUGCCCCUGGAGCCCGCCGAGCACGAGUGGCUGGUGCGCACGGCCAGCGGCCGGUGGUCCCACCAGCUGCACGGACUGCUGCUGCGCGACCGCGGCCUGGCAGCCAAGCGCGACUUCAUGUCUGGCUUCACUGCUCUGCACUGGGCCGCCAAGAGCGGCGACCGCGAGAUGGCCCUGCAGCUGGUGGAGGUGGCGCGGCGUGGGGGCGCGCCGGUGGACGUGAACGCGCGCUCGCACGGCGGCUACACGCCGCUGCACCUGGCCGCGCUGCACGGCCACGAGGACGCCGCGGUGCUGCUGGUUGUGCGCCUGGGGGCCCAGGUGCACGUCCGUGACCACAGUGGCCGUCGCGCCUACCAGUACCUGCGGCCCGGCUCCUCUUAUGCGCUGCGCCGCCUUCUUGGCGAUCCAGGCCUUCGAGGCGUCACGGAGCCAGAUGCGACCAGCGGUGCCAGCGGUAGCCUUGCGGCCCGGCACCCGGUCCAGGUGGCCGCCACCAUCCUCGGCUCCACCACCAGCGCGUUCCUGGGGGUCCUGGCCGAUGAUCUGAUGCUCCAGGACCUGGCUCGCGGCUUGAAGAAGUCGAGCUCCUUCAGCAAGCUCUUGGGCGCCUCGCCGAUGGCUCCCCGUAAAAAGGCCAAGGUCCGAGGUGGCCUGCCAGCCUUCGGAGAAAGCGCGCGUCGAUCCACUUCCGGGCCUUUAGCUGGUUUAGUGCCCAGUCUGCCCCCUGCAACCUGAAGGACUUUGGGGUGAUGGCCUCUUUUGCUAACAGGCCUGCCUGGUGUGCUCUAAGCCAGCUCGGUUCUGGGGCCCAGCACCUGCGGCCCCAUCUUUAUGUCCAGCUUGCUUCUCUGCAGCCUUUUCCCCGGUAGGCCUGCUCCUCUGAACCCGGAUCUGCCUCCAGACCCGGGAUUCUAGGUCUCAGUGAGGUUUCUGUGGAGAAUCCUUGUAUCAGUCUUAAAGCUGAGAUGGACAGACAGGGCUUGAAAUUUAAGGUCAAAGGUUAAGGGGCAGCAGCUGGUCUGGCCCCUGAAUGCUUAACUAGAAGCCUCUUCACCUAUAUGGUCCCAGGCUUGGACUGCGGCAAGGGUUUUUGCAAUAUUUCUAUUGGGUCCUCAGCUUCCAAGAUACACGGUAGUUUUGUAAUUUGAUCCUUUUAUUCUGUUUUUAAAUGGAAAUGAGGUAAAGCCACUUUCAUAGCCUUUUAAAAUUAUAUUUUUCCAUUUAUAGGCAAAAUGCUCAGACAUUUUCCACCUUUUGCUAAGUAUUUUAGAAUUCUAAGAUCUGUGCUGGGCCUGAUGGUGCACGCCUGGCAUCCCAGCACUGGGGAGGCUGAGGCAGGAGAUUCUUUGCGAGUUCGAGACCAGCCUGGGCUACAAAGUAAGCUCAAGACUGAACUGCAUAGUGAGACCCUGUCUCAAAAAAAACUUAAAAAUUAUCCCCAACAACAAAACUUUUUAAAAAGUUUAUCUACCUCAUUUUAGGCAGUCAGGCUCCCGGAGCGUCCUGAACACAGGACAAUCAGUGUGACCCUCAAGACUGUAACUAAUUUCUAGUGUGCUGUGAACGCUGUCAGGAAGAAGUGCAUCUUGGGAGUAAAAGUGGUUAAACAGAGCAGAGAUAUUUUGGCAAAUACUUUUAAGCCAUGGUGAAGCAUAAGUGUGUUUGGCACUGUUGGGUGGCUAUUUUGAUAUAGCAUGAAUAUAUAACUUUUUAAAAUUGUGAUUUGUGAAUCGCACCUUUGUGUCACGUUUCUGAGUCUUUGAUUUUUAUAUUUAGCUAAGCUAUUCAAUACAAUGGGUGAAUAUUCAAAGAAAAAAAGUCAUAGCAUUACAUCAGAAAAGUGAUGAAACAGUACUUGAUACGAUGACAGAACUCUUGUAUAGAAAAAUUCUGAACAAACAAGAAGUGCAUGGUAAUACAUUUUUUAAAACAAACAACUUAUUCUAAAAUAGCAAAUGAAGUGCUUUUGUUAAGAGACCUUGGAUGUGCCUGUCUGAAGAAUUGAGAAGGCUUGUAGAUAUUGCCAAGAUGUCCCGGGUUUGGCACAAUCCAGUUAUGAUGGCACUUUUUGUUUUAAAGAUGGUACUGGCCACAGUGGCACAUGCCUGUAAUAGCAGCACUUGGGGAGGCUGAGGCAGGAGGAUCACUGUGAGUUCCAGGCCAGCCUGGAAUAUAAAGAGAGUUAAAGGCCAGUCUGAACUUCAUAGUGAUAUUCUGUCUCUAAAAACAAAAACAAAUAAAAAUGAGAUCUAUGUGCUCAACCAACUUUUUCAUGUGAUAUUAUUCUGCUUUUGCAAAUUAUGUUUGCAUGUGAUUAGCUAUGAAAUGGUUGUUAUGGUACAGGACAGUGGGGCUUUCCUAGUCCCCCAACUAUGUAUCAGUGAGGCCUCUGAAAUUAUACAGCAAUCACUUAUGGAAUGUUUUGAUUUAAAAAUGAAAUAAACAGUCCUCCAUUUUGUUUCUGCAA